AUUGUAUAGUUGUGUCUUGUACUCUUGUGUCAUACUAUCAUAAUCAUGACGUAUAAUAUCGUAUAUUUUUAUUUUGUUCAAAUAUGUUGAAAAAGUAUAAAAACAUAGUAUAUACCAUGAUGUGAAUAUUUUAAAGAAAAUUAAUUAUUAACUUUUUAAAAUAUGUAUUUCCAACUUUUACUGUACUUCAUAUUUUCAUUAGUUGCAGUAUUCAUUGUAUUGUUCGUGUCUAUUGCUGUGUUACGAUGGCACUACUCUAGCAAAAAGAGGAAAUGUCCAACUCAAUUUAGCAUAGCGUUUUUCCAUCCUUACUGCAAUGCUGGUGGAGGUGGUGAACGUGUACUAUGGUGUGCUGUCAAUGCUGUUAGUACUGCAUAUCCUAAAGUAAAAAUUGUUAUCUACACUGGUGACUUGGAAGUAUCCCCAGUAGAAAUAAUUAAACGAGCAAAACAGAGAUUUAACAUUUCACUACCAAAUAAUUUAGAAUUUAUUUAUCUGCACAGAAGAAAAUGGGUAGAAGCUGAAAAUUACCCUUAUUUCACUCUUUUAGGACAAAGUCUUGGAUCUAUCAUCUUAGGUAUUGAAGCCUUACGUUUAUUUCAGCCGGAUAUAUACAUUGACACUAUGGGUUAUGCAUUUACAUUACCAUUGUUUUGUCUCAUUGGUAGUUGCAAAGUCAGUUGUUAUGUCCAUUAUCCAACUAUAAGUUCAGAUAUGAUAAAUAAAGUGAUUCAGCAAAAAGGAAAACGUAGAACAAUAUCUUAUAUUAAACUCGUUUAUUAUCAAUUAUUUGCAAAAUUAUACGGCUUAGUUGGAUGGUUUGCUGAUUCCAUCAUGGUUAAUAGUUCUUGGACUGAGGAUCAUAUCAAUACACUUUGGAAGAGACCCCUGAGCACUUACAAAGUAUAUCCUCCAUGUGAUACAUCUGACUUACAAUGUUUGCCAUUAGAAAGACAAAAAACCAAAUCUGUAAAAAUUAUAAGCUUAGCACAGUUUAGACCAGAAAAAGAUCACCCAUUACAACUCAAGGCCAUGUACCAUCUUAGACAAAUUGUAAAUGAGCAUGUAUGGGAAAAUAUCGAGCUUGUUUUUGUUGGUUCAACAAGAAAUCAAGAAGAUGAAAUGAGAGUUGUUGAUAUGAUGGAUUUAUGUAAACAUUUGUCGUUGGAGAAUAAUGUACGGUUUAAAGUAAAUAUCAGUUACGAUGAACUUAAAAAUGAACUAUCUGAAGGAUUGAUUGGCUUACACGCAAUGUGGAAUGAACAUUUUGGUAUUGGAGUUGUAGAAUGUAUGGCAGCAGGAUUAAUAAUGAUUGCUCAUCGUUCUGGUGGCCCUUUAAUGGAUAUAAUUAUAGAACAAGGUGCUGGACAAAAUGGAUUUUUAGCUUCAAAUGAAGUAGAAUACGCACAUGCUAUACACAAAGCAUUGUUGUUGUCAGAUACUCAAAAAUUGUCGUUACAAAAAGCUGCCAGAGGAUCAGUAAAUCGCUUUUCUAAUCAACAAUUUCAUGACAAUUUUUUGAGAGCAAUACAACCAUUGUUUAGUUUUAAAAAAUUUAAAUAGUUAACCUAUUAUUUUUAAAUAAAAGGUUUAAUGAUGACAUUUUGUUAUCCGUUUUAAUGAUAAUUCAUAUAGGUAGCACUUUUCAAAAAUAUUCUAUGAUGGUAUUAUAAAUUAAAAAGCGUAACAAUUGAUGUAUUAUAUGCAAUAUAUAUAUUAUAUAAUCAAUGCUAUAGCUAUAAUUAAACAAUAACAACUUGACUACUCAAAAGCGAAAAGCUAACGGGGUUUUUGAUUUUAAUUAGUUAACAUCAUUUUAUUGCAUAUUACAUUUAAAAAUUUUGUAGUUAUCGUUUUGAAAAAAAAAACUGUCAUAUCAGUUAAAAUAUGAUAAUAUUAAUUACAAAAUAUUACCUUACUAUACUAUAUCAUAUGUGUAUUGUGUAAUAACCUCGGAUGUAAAUACUAGUUUAUGGUAUCUAAAUCCGUGGUAACCGGUAAUCACUACUUAUUUACUAGUUUUUUUUUCAAAUAUUGUUGAGACUUAAUUAUAAAUUAUUUUUGGGUUGAUUAAUAAAUAUGUAUUAUUGUUAUUAUUAUAAUUAAUUCUAAGAAGUAUAGGAAGUUGAAACAUUUCUGUUAUUUUUCAUGUUGGCACAUUCUCAAUGUUUUCAAACUUUCUAUGUACUAUGUGUCCUAUAUGUGUACAUUUAUAUAAUUAUAUAUAUUGUAUUAUGUAUAUAAUAUAUUGUGUAUAAUUGUAAUUAUUUGAUACAAAUUAAUUAAAGUGGAAAAAUGUCUUGAUCUGUCGAUACU